AUGCAGGUGGCGGAGCUGUGCCGGACGUGGAAGCAUGAUGCCGUUCCGACCGGCGAUGCCGCCGUCCUUGUCAAGCUAGUGGAGUGGCCGCACCCCGUGAAGCAGCAUCCCUCCCGGCCGCGCGUCGGCGACGUGCCUGAAUACGCGGUGCCAGUGGCGCGAUUCCCGCGCAAUCACUGCGACACCAUCUCCAAGGGACACGGCGGCGGGUUGGACAAGCCCGUGCUCCACAUCAUCGACACGCACAGGCUGACCAUGCCCGGGGCAUUCGACAGGGUGAUGGUGGUGAUCCGGUUGCUGCAGGCCAUCGCAGCCCGCGGCGGGCCUGGAUUUUUGCUGCAAAUCAUCACAGGCCGCGGCAACCACAACCUGGACAAAAAGUGCCGCAUGCGGGACAUGGUGCAGGACAUCCUUACCCACACGGUCAAGCUGCCCUUUGGGUUUGAGGUGGGCAAUGAUGGCGCAGUGGUCGUGGAGAUUCUGCCGCAGCAGCAGCCGCAGCAGCAGCAGCAGCAGCAGCAGCAGCAGCAGCAGCAGUGGCACCACCACCACCACCACCACCAGCAGCAGCAGCAGCAGCAGCAGCAACAGCAGCAGCAGCAGCAGCAGCAGCAGCGGGUGGAGGGGUUGCAGCGGCCACAGGUUUUGCAGUGGCCACAGCAGCUGCACAUGCCCUGCCAAAACCAAGCCUGGCUUCAGGUUCUUUGGCCGCAGCACCCCGGGCUGCAGCAACCUGGGCCGCAGCAGCCCUACCCGCAGCUGCUCUGGUCGCCGCAGCAGGCUCAGAUGCAGCAGCUGUGGAUGCUACAGUCUAGACCACACCACCACUACCAGCAGCAGCAGCAGCAGCAGCAGCAGCAGCAGCAGCAGCAGCAGCAGCAGCAGCAGCAGCAGCAGCAGCAGCAGCAGCAGCCUGGACAGCCCGGUGCCACGGGCCUUGCGGGCAAUCGGGGCAAGGCGGGUGGUGGUGGUGGCCAGGCGCACACGAGCCAGUGGAGGCUGUACUCAGAGACCUCGGGCGCGGCAAAUGUGCUGGCCGCUGACGCCUUGAUGGGCAAGGGACCGAUGGCCAACGCCGGUGUCAGCGCCAACCAGCUGCAGCUCAUCAGCACUGCAGGUACCAAGCGUGCUGACCCCGGCUGUGUGAAGCAGCACCACUUUACCACCAAGGCAGCCCUGGUGGCGGCGUUGCAGGCAGGCCAGCUGGGACCCCUUUGCAUUGAGUUUGUUGCGGGGAAAACAGUUGGCGGAGUCAACCAGGAUGUGGUAAGCUACGGUGGGGACGCCGCCAAGAUGCUCAAGGUCAAGGAGUCCAACUUUGGCCACAGGGGUGUCACCAUCUUUACCUACCAGCUGCCGCGUCCAGGCGGCCACGGAACCAUUGUGGCUGCAGGCGCAAACACCAUUGACGCGUGCCUGCACUGCUGCUGGCACGUGCUCGAGAGCGUGGUGGGCCUGGCAGAGCUGAGAACUGCGGGCUGCCGCGGCCACGAUCCAGCCAACCGCCGCAGCUUGGUGAGCCUGGCGGCGUCGGCGCUGGGCAAGCGGCGGCACAGCUCGAGCGGCUGA